AUGGACAACCACAGCACCCAUGUUGUCUUCUCUUCUAAGCAUGUCAAUGCCAGCCUCGCCGAGAGAAGUCAGCGGAUAAAGAUGGCGGCAGAGAUGGGGCUCGUUCGGUCCUCCCGCGGCCGUCACUGGAGCCGCGCCCUCGGCCGGCGCCUCCUACAGAGGGAAGGGAUAACUGGCUGCGGGUGCAAGAACGCGGCACUGUCGACCUCGUCAAAUGUGUUCGAGGAUUUGGGCGUAAGGGAGAUCGAGGACGACGCGGCGGAGAUAGAGACGCGGGUAAGAGCACUGCAGAGGUUGGUCCCUGGAGGAGAGGAGCUAGGCUUGGAGCGGCUGUUCGAGGAGACGGCCGACUACAUCGAGGCGCUGCAGGGGCAGGUGAGCGCGAUGAGGGCCAUGUCAUGCUUGCUUGAUGGGUUGGAGAGGGAGAAGAGGAUGAUGGGCAAAUGA